AUGGACCACGGACGGCAUUCCAAGCUCAACUCGAACCCCUUGACCCUGCGUCCACAGAGAAGAUGCAGGGAGAAGAUUCGAUUGGAUGCAAGUAUUCCAGAUCGUUUUGCAGAUGAAGGAUUCACAGAACCGACCAUGGAACGACCUGCCGUGCAGCCCACGUCAUUGUCCGUUCCGGUAGACGGGACGGGCGGCAUGGAGCCACCUGAAAGGCACCCAAGCUGGCAAACAAACCCGAGAACAACAUUACCACUUACAAGUAUGUUCAUCGAAGCAAAGACCGAAGCGCGACGCACAGACAAACCAUUUCGUCAACCUGAACUACUUGGCAUUUCUUUGCACUUCUGCUCGUUGGGUUUCUGGUUUCUGCGCUAG